AUGUGGCUGUACACCAUUCCUUCCCUCCGUCCUAUCCCAGAUCCUGGUCGUCAUAUCCCAAGUGCUAUACAUUCACAAGGCUUAGUGCGUAUCCUGGUUUACCUUACCUUACAUCUCUGCUUCAGAUAUGGGCGUCGUUCUAACUGGUUCAAGAUUCACUGUCUUCUGGAUGAUUCGAGAUCCUCCCCGCCCGGGACGCCCACUGACCUGGGGGGUGAGGAAGGAUGCUGGGGGCGAGCUGCCAGCGAGGACAACGAUACUAUAGACGUGUGUAGUAUAGAUGUCCCUGAUCACUCUCCACGUCGCACGUCUCCAGCGCUCAGCAGCCCAGACUCCCACACCUCAGAUAACUCGGUGGAGGCGGCUCUCAGAGGCCCGCCCGCACUAGAGUACUUCUCUCUCUACCCGAAACUACUUCCAUCUUCGGGUUUAUAUCCAGGGCCACAUCUUAACCCUCUGCUGCUAAGCCGUUUUCCCUUGUCUGUCUCGGCUUACUCCAGCCACUCCUUCGACCCAUAUCUCCAGCAUGCCUUCGAGAGCACACGACCCAAGCUCUCAGGAUACAACCUUGGGUACACGACACACAGCUUGGACCCCAGACGGUCUCACGCGCCGGCACAGUACUUCCCAAUCCCUCCCAAGCGCCCAGCUGAAGACUCCUUCGUGCUUCCACCAAUCAAAAGGGUACGACAAGUGAUGGAAGAUGUAGCUGAACUUUCAAACAACUCUUUGCUCUCUUCAUCAACUAAACUAUCAGUAAAGUUCGCUUCGCUCGAGGAAAUGAAAGGUUAUCAAAGUCCCGCCGAGAACAGGCCGUUUCAAGACGAGAAGACACUGAUGAGUGACCGCGAAGGCAGUAAAGACGACGACACGCCCAUGGAUCUGACGGUGAAGCCUAGCGCAUCACUUUCAUAUAAUCGCUGGCUGGAGACAAGAUCAAACGCUAUGAGCUCCGACAUUCUCGACCUAUCACUUAAAAACAGAACUACCCUGCGUGAUCCAACGCCCAAAGCUCAUGAAAGUAUCGGUGAAAAGCUCGCAGAUAACCUAACUGAAGGUGAGAGUAAAGAAGGAGUCACACUCUCAUCCACAGUAGUGGGAGCAUCGGUAAAACUUUCCUGCCUCAUAACCAGCAACAGAGUUGGAAACUCUCCCGGGAACACCAGUAGCCUAGGUACCUCGCCCGCUCCCUUGAGUCUGAUGUAAUACACACCAGCUAUACUUUAUAUAUAUCAUUCCCCCUUGCAAGCUACAAACUGUUAUAUAUAUAUAUAUAUAUUGAGUAUUAUUUAUUAUUUUUGUUGACAAUCAUUUUAUGUAAAUGUUUGGAGUAAUUUUAUG